GAACAAACAAACAAGUGGAAUUCAUCAAAACUUUGAGAAAGCUUUUUCAAAAAGGUGACUUGCACUUGUGGAAGAGGGAAACAGUAACUAAAGCUCUUGCAUAGCAUAAUGAGGCUAUUUAGAUUGCCUGCUACAAACAACAGAGAAACCAGUCCAUCUUUUCCAUGUCAUUUGAAACUUCAAAAUGAUUUGGUGGGAAUGGAUUUACGGCUGGAGGAGAUGAACUCAUGCAUAAGUAUAGGAUCGGAUGGUGUUCGUAUUGUAGGAAUCUAUGGGAUGGGAGGAAUAGGAAAGACAACUAUUGCUAAAACUUAUUAUAAUUUGAUGUCUUGCCAAUAUGAGGGUAGGGCUUUUCUUGCCGAUGUUAGAGAAGUUUGCUCGAAAGGCGGUCUAUUGUCUUUGCAAGAACAACUUCUUAGAGAUAUCUUGAUGAACAACCUUAGAGAUAUCUUGAUGGAGAAACAUGUGAAAAUAUGGAAUGCGUAUAGGGGAAUGGUAAUGAUAAAAAAUAGGCUGCGCUUCAGAAGGGUCUUGAUUGUCAUUGAUGAUGUGGAUCAAUUAUAUCAAUUACAAAAUUUAGCUGGAAUGAAAUAUUGGUUCGGUUUAGGGAGUAGAAUCAUCAUAACAACUAGAGAUGAGCAUUUGCUUAUGAGUCAUGGAGUGGAUACAAUAUACAAGGCUAAGGAACUGAAUAAUACUGAAGCUCUUCAACUGUUUAUUUUAAAGGCCUUCAAAGAUAGCGGUCCUCCAAAAGAUUAUGUGCCAUUAUCAUCGAAAUUUGUAAAUUAUGCUAAUGGCCUUCCAUUAGCUCUUGAAGUUUUGGGUUCCUUUUUGUUUGGGAAGACUUUAAAUGAAUGGAGAGCUUCAUUAAACAGACUGAAAGAAAAUCCUGAAAAUGAGAUUUUGGAUACACUUCAAAUAAGUUUUGAUGGAUUAGAGGAAACAGAGAGACAAAUAUUCCUAGAUAUAGCAUGUUUUUUCAAGGGGAAGAACGAAGAUCACGUUACCAAAAUAUUGGAUACCUGUGGUCUCUAUCCUGAUAUUGGAAUAAGAGUUCUUAUUGAGAAAUCUCUCAUAACUAUUGUGGGAAAAAGAUUGUGGAUGCAUGAUUUGCUACAAGAAAUGGGUUGGAAACUAGUUCGGCAAGAAUCUCCGAAGGAGCCGGGAAAACGUAGUAGGCUAUGGCUUUAUGAGGACAUCUUUCAUGUUAAGUCCAAAAACACAGUAAGAGUCUUAAAACCGAUUGUAUCUAUGAAAAAUCUCAGAUUGCUCAUCUUUCAUAAUUUGCACUUCUCUCAAAACCUUGAAUAUCUGUCUAGUGAGUUACGAUUUCUCGAAUGGCAUGGAUAUCCUUGCAAAACUUUUCCACCAACUUUCCAAUCAAAGCAACUUUUUGAACUUAAUUUGUGUUUCAGCCAAGUUGAACAACUUUGGGAUGGCAUUAAGCAAUUGAACAAUUUGAAAGUCAUGAAACUUAGUCAUUCCAGAAAUCUUGUCAAGACACCGGAUUUUCGAGGUGUUCCAAAUCUGGAGGAGCUGAUCCUUGAAGGUUGUACACGAUUGUAUGAGAUCGAUCGGUCCAUCGGAGUUCUUCAAACGCUUGUUCUAUUGAACCUAAAAGACUGCAAGAGGCUUGUGAGUCUUCCAGAAGGUAUAUAUGGUUUGAAGGCACUUAAAAUUUUUAAUAUAUCUGGUUGUUCAAAACUUGACUACAUGCUAGAGGAAUUAGGGCAUGUAGAGUGUUUGGAGGAGCUCGAUAUUAGUGGAACUGCAAUAAAACAAACAUCACAUUCCUCGUUUCAUUUCAAGAACCUUAAGAUUUUGUCUCUGAAUGGAUGUAACGGACAAUCGAAACCCCUGCUAUCCAUUUUACCUGAAAAAAGCUCACAUUCAUCAGCUUUCUGCUCUCUAAUGGUAUUAGAUCUAAGUAACUGCAAUCUGCAAGAAGAAACAGUCCCCAAAAACCUUAGUUGCUUAUCCUCAUUGAGGGAAAUUUCUUUUAGGGGCAACAACUUCAUUAGUCUACCUGCAAGCAUCAUUGGCCUUUCAAAUCUUCAACGACUACAUCUGGACAACUGCAGAAGGCUUGAAUCCUUGCAACCAUUUCCUUCGAAUGUUCAGCUUAUAAGUGCACAUGGCUGUUCUUCGUUGGAAACAUUACCUGAAGAUCCAGACACAUAUAGCUUGCAAUCUCUACAGUUAAAUUUUGCGAAUUGCUUUAAGUUGUCAAGGAAUCAAGGCGACAAUAACCUUGCAUUUAUGAUGCUGAGAAGAUACUUACAGGGGUUGUCAAACCCAAAAACUGGAUUUGACAUAGUUAUUCCAGGAAGCAAUGUUCCAAAAUGGUUUAGCCAUCAAAGUUCAGGAGACUCUUCUGCAAGAUUAGAGUUGCCACCAAUUUGUUCUGAUAGUAAAUGGAUGGGAUUUGCUCUAUGUGCUAUUUUUGUAAUUCGAAAUCGAGCAGACCCUAGCAUCCUAGAUUUUGAUCUUGGAUGUUCCAUCAAAAUCAAGGGACAUACUUGGCCACAUCAUCUCGAAGAUGGUUUCUUAACUUCAAUGGAGCAAUUUGGGUCCGAUCAGCUUUGGCUUUUCUAUUUAUCUCGUCAUGAGUUCUUGGAGAUAGAUUGGCAUGAGACUACUCAGAUAUCUUGCCCUGUUGAGGUUAAGUUUACAGCCCAUGGAAUGGGCUUUUCUGUAAAGAAGUUUGGGGUUCGUUUAGUAUAUGAGCAAGAUGUGUUAGAGUUCAACCGAACGAGUAAUCAGUUUCGGAUCUCUAAUUAUGAAAAUUGUGAUGCUGUUCAUAAAGUUCUUGACAUAUCAGAAAUGGAUGGUGCCUUGGUUAAGAGAAGCUACAGUGAUCAUAUCAAGAGUGAUGAAGCAGAAUCCAGUGGAAUAAGCAACCUUGAUAUUGAACCGCAAACAAAAGAAUGAAAGAAAUUGACUGAAGAUGAAUUAUACUACGAUUAAUCGUUUGCAUAUACUCAGAGAUUUGAAGUAUUAGAAUUUAGAAUACUUACCAUCUGUGACUAUAUGAUACCAUUCAAAUCGAACCAAAUUCAUUUUGAAUCGGAGAUGUAUAGUUUUUAACUGAUAUUUGAUUGGGUUUGUGAAUUUUGAUAAA